AUUGAUCAAAGUCCCUUUGUCAGAAAUUCAAAUUUAAGCAAGCCACCAAUCUGUAAUUACAGUAUGAGUUCUGAGUUACCGUUUCACCCAUAUUCCCUACCAUUACGACUAUGACAGAACCGACUUGGGAUGAAGAAGAUUCAGGAGAGAGGGAGCAUCUUGUAAGCAAAGUCUUGGAACUUCAAGGCUCUUUGCGAGCUCUCAUAUCUCGAGUUGAUUCUGCCCAGAGCGAAUACCAAUCACUUAGCCAUGAAAAUCAAAUGCUUCAAAAGUAUAUUAAUAACUCCCUGACCUCCACAGCGGUAUUUGGUGCUACAGGAGGGGCUAUUGGAAAUCUCAGCACACAAGGCAGCACUGGAAGCAGUGUUCCAGAUGCAAGUUCCGGAAAACCUGCGAGUGGUUCGAACGCUUCGCGCUAGUGUAAACUCCAUCUUGUACAUUGCACACCACUGAAACUCCUCAACCACCAGUAUACCGCGAUAGCCAAUUGUAUAACAUUAUUUUUUGACGACACAUUAUCAUCUAUUCGGCUCACUAAAGUGAAUGAAUG